ACAACAAACUUCGAAUCGAAUGAAUACAUUCACUGCGAAUUUUGUUUAAAAUCAAUGUUCGGCUUAUAAACGUAUAGUGUUCACUAGUAGAUUCAUUUAAAAAAAAAUGGAUUUCAUUCAUAAAAUUAUAGCUGUGAUAUUUUUUUACUGUAAUUUUAUUAGUUUUGUAUUUGUGUUGGGCGAUUAUGGUUAUAAUUAUGUUGAUUUGCCCAAUUCGCAUUUACCAUAUUAUUUUAAUAAUUUUCCGCAAGUGAUUCAACAGUGUCUUAGCAAUAGUAGUUGUAUAUAUCGGGGCCUAUUGACUAGUGAAGAUUAUAAUCAUAACAAAUGCUGGGGAUAUGAGCGAAAUUGUCUGGCGACAGAUGCAUUUUCACGGCCAAAAUGUGCAAAAGACAAACCCGUGUGGAUUCCAACUUAUGAUGAAUAUGUGAAAACAUUUUACGAUCAAGCCGAUUUUGGUUACGUUCGAAAUCAAAUAAAUGAGUUGAUGGUCUUAUGUACACCGCUCUUUCCAAAUGAUUCAAUGCUUCAAUGUUCUGAGAAUUUGCGAUUCUGUCAGGGACGAAAUAUAAUGAUUAAUUUUACCGAGUUGGGAGCAGAAAAACAACCAUGGCGGUAUCGAACGGAUAUAUUAAAAGAGGGACAAAUUGGUGGUUAUUGCAAGCUAAAUAAAGAACUUCUCGAGAGCCAAUUGGAACAUAUGAGUGCGUUACAAUCGUGGGCGCCUGAGUUGCGUAAUUUUGUUGCUUUUGAUGAACGACCAAUUGACACAAACAAAUGUGAUUUUGUCUAUGAGAAACCGGUGUAUAUCAUGAAAAUAGAUGCAAAUAGUAAUAUGUAUCAUCAUUUCUGUGAUUUUUUCAAUUUGUAUGCGUCGCUACACGUAAAUAUGACUCAUCCAGCUGCGUUCGAUACAGACAAUUACAUCUUUCUAUGGGAAACAUACAGCUAUGUCACACCAUUUUCGGCGGCAUUCAAAGCAUUCACCCAAAAUCCAAUAUUCACCAUUAAAGCGUGGACCGGCAAAAAUGUGUGCUUUAAAAAUCUGAUGCUACCAUUGUUACCUCGCAUGAUUUUCGGACUAUACUAUAACACGCCCAUUAUACAUGGAUGUCAGAACAGUGGUCUUUUUCAAGCUUUUUCUGAUUUUAUGCUUCAUCGGUUGAAUAUUCCGUUACAUCACAAGAGCGACGAUAGGAUUCGAAUUACAUUUUUGGAGCGAAAAACUAAAUUCAGACAGAUUUUAAAUUCCGAUGAAUUGGUCUUGGAACUUAAGAAGAAUCGCACAUAUGAUGUGAGAAGUGUUAGCUUUGACCGAGCCACGCCAUUUAUCGAUCAACUAGAAAUCAUUCGAAAUACCGAUAUUUUUAUUGGAAUGCAUGGCGCUGGACUAACUCAUUUAUUAUUUUUACCCAAAUGGGCCACUGUUUUUGAAUUAUACAAUUGUGAAGACUCAGAGUGCUACAAAGAUUUGGCCCGGCUUCGAGGUGUAAACUAUAUGACCUGGGAAAAUAAAGACAAACUUGUACAACAAGAUGAGGGUCAUCAUCCGAGUGGCGGAGGUCAUGCAAAAUUCACAAACUACUCAUUCGAUGAGCAUGAGUUUACACGAUUAGUCGAUAAAGCUGCUGAUUAUGUACUGAAUCAUGAUGAAUUUAAAAAAUUUGUAUUGUUCAACUUUGAUAGCGUGCACGAUGAACUGUAAAUGUAUUUGCUAUUGUUGAAUGUUCGCAAUCUCACAGAAAGAUCAUCACAUUUAUCUAUUUUGGCUGCUUAUAUAUUGAAAAAAUUCU